ACGUGCACGUGUUUGAAAGCGUGAACGCGCACGUGACGUCACACGAAGCUGCGUGUGCACGCGCCUCAGGAAGUCUUUCCUGGAGGAAACUCAGUUGUGCGAAGCGUUAACGACAAAAACGCCGAAAAAUGAGGAAUAUUUCACUGAAAUAGCCACGUUCGCGAGUCCACGGGUUUAGUGUUGGAACUGUUUCCCCACCAUGUCUUGCCGUGACAUCCACGCCACGAACGCGUUUGCCUUCAUCAUCGCCCUGCUCUCGGUGGGUGGAUUAGCCGUCGCUACAGUCAUCCCUCAGUGGAGGACAACACGUCUGCUCACCUUUAACCUCAACGCCAAGAAUGUUACAGUGUACGAUGGACUGUGGACCAAAUGUGUCCGGCGAGACGGCUCCAGCGGGUGUUACUACUUUGACGCAGACUGGUACUCCAAAGUAGAUCAGCUGGAUCUCAGGCUUCUGCAGUUCUGUUUACCAGCAGGUCUGUUCUUCUCUGGCUUGGCUCUGCUGAUCAGUCUCACAGGUAUGUGUAAGACGGCAUGCUGCUCCAAAUCCCCAGACGACAUAAAGUCCAGUCGCUGCAUUGUGAACAGCUCAGGCUGCCACCUGGUGGCCGGGAUGUUCUUCCUGCUAGGAGGUGCCAUCGCUAUGCCGCCAUCCGUCUGGUUCCUAUUCCACACACGUCAGUUGAACUCACGCUACGCUGACAUUUUCUCCACAGAGUUUGCAGCGUAUGUGGCCAUUGGCAGUGCUGGCGGCCUGGAGUUUGCCGCCCUGCUGAUGUUCAUGUGGUACUGCAUGUGCAAAACGCUGCCCUCGCCCUUCUGGCUGCCCCUGCCUGAGCCGCCCGUCAUGAGCAGCAGCAUUUCUGCUCAGCCACUAAUGGCCAACGGCCUGCCACCGCCUGUUACCUACGCUCCUCAGAGCUUCCCCCCUGCCGUUCUAGAUGCUCCAGCUUUCGUGCAAGCCCCGGGGUACCCACAGCCCAUGCCUGGCCCGCUUGUACCGCCUCAGGUAUACAUGCCCCAGAUGUCUGUGCCUGAUGGAUACGGGUCCGAAGCAGGAGCCUCACAGGCUUACGGUUACGCCCCCUCACAGAGCUAUGCCCCUUCACAAAGUUACGCCCCAUCACAGAGUUACGCCCCCUCUCAAAGCUAUGCUCCCUCUGUAAGCAUUGCCCCUUCUCAGAGAUAUGCUGGACAUCGCUACUCCACACGAUCACGCCAUUCAGGAAUUGAGAUCGACAUCCCCCUCCUGACAGAGUGACACCGAUAGAAAUCCACUGUGUCCUCCAGUGUAUGGCUAAAGAUCACCAAGCAACAAUGGAUGUCCCACUGACCCAGGCCAUGCAACUCUAAACAUACAAAAUUUCUUAUUUUAAUCCCACUUAUCAUUAGAACAAGCAAGAAUGAAAAUAGAUGCAUAAUAGAAAAUACACUGAAAGUAAUCUCUGUGAGAUAAAUUAGGAAGAAUUUGUCACCAAUGUCACCUUUAAGACGAAAGAAAAUCCGAUAAUAGAUAAUAAUGAGCAAAAUAAUAUACACAGGGGUGGACAAAUCAUAAAUUCAUUAACUAACCCUCUGGACAAAUAAAAUCUCCAAUGUGUUGCCCAGUCCCAUGUUUUAGUUGCCUGGAAACCUAAUUGGCACAUUAAUACAGACUAAGGAAAAUGAAUGAGUUUUUAUAAGAGUGUUUUUUUCCCCUUUCUUUCUUUUCUGGUUGUUGAACCUACUUAUCCACCAGUCAACUACAAAUAAAAAAAACAAAUAGCCUGGACAUGAAAUCUGUUUGUCCCAGAAACCUUGGGUAUUAAUUUGUCCACCCCUGAAACAUAUAAGUAACGACAAAAAUAUAUUUUACAGGUCUUUGUUGAUAAGAUUGUCAAUUUCUCAAGUUCACAAACAGUACAAAACAGUAAUAAUUCAAUAAUUCAGAUUGAAGUAGUAAUCUAUUGUGGUCUAAUAACAAAUUCACUUAGUUUAUCAGUCAGCACUACAUUAGAUAUGAUGGUUUCAUUUUUUUUAAAUCCACCUUUCUGGAAUUGAGCCAAGAACAAGUUUUAUGUUGAAAAAUUAAACUAUUUUUUUUCUUUUUUCUACUUUUAGUAGACAUUUGAAAUGAACAUUUUCAUUUGAACAUAAGGGUUAAUGUGAGAGUGUCGGCUACAAUUUUGCCUGUGACCCAGAUGAGGUGGACGCUGUCACUGUGGUCAGCUGUGAGACGACGCUUCCCGCAUCUUUGGAUAAGACUUUAUCCCCCUCAUGGUUUACAAAAAAAAAAAAAACUGUCUCACUGUAUGAGCAGUGUAAAUGCUCAAAGGCACUAAACAAAAUGCUGACACUGUAGCUGAAACAAAACUAUCAGCUCCGUCACUACACUGUAUUUUGAACUUAAUUCACACUCACACUUAAACUUUAAACUAACACUAAUAUUAACGCACUGUUUUAUACACCCUACAGACACUACUCAUGCUACUGAUAUGCCUUUGUUAAAUGGCAAUGCCAGUAUAUCAGGGUUCUUCAGGACAUCUCAAGCCUUUUUACUUAUUUUAUAGGGAACUGAACUAAAAACUGAUAAAGGGCAGCUGUUUUAUUUUUCUGCAACUCUGUUACACUGUGUUGUGCAGUGAGGAUGAGAGGAUCAUUUUCCCUGGUUUUACUAAGCUGAAUGAAGCAUUACUUAUUAAUUUCUUAAUAUUUUACACAAAUACUGAAGGGUUAAAAAGUUAUUUAGAUAUGAAGUGCUCUGUUUAACUCUGCCAACUUUUUAUAAAUUUGUGAUUUUUAUUGUUUUUCUUUCAUUUUUUUUUUGUACAACAACUAUUGGUUGUUAUUUGCUCAUGCUUAACGAACUUCUUAUUUGUUUGUAUUUUUACAUUUUGCCCAUAAAGAAUAGCCAGGGCUGAGGAAUCAGCUUAGCGAAUGCUAUGUUAAAGAUGUUACACUCAUCAUUCCAUGUCAAGGUGCAUUCUGAUGAUGUUUUGAAAAAUGUAGGGAAAUUUUAAUGUUUUAUCACUAAUCCUUUUUAUAAAACGACUACGUCUCAAAGCAUAAAUUACUAAUGUCUAAAAUAUGUACUUAAUAAUAAAAAAAAAAACACUGUUUAAAAGAAUCAACAUACGGAACUUUUUGAAACUUGCAACAAAGGUAUUAGGAUAGACCUUAUUCAAAUUUGCAAAGGAAAAAAAGAGAAUAUGGCUGAAAGGAAUAUUCAGCCUCAUGGGGUAUAAACCAUGGUGAAUGUUUAUGGAUAUAAUUCACCUGUUGGACCGAUUAACCUAAACCAACAAACGUGUAUGAAUGCACUGACAGCACAAAUUUAGUGUUUAUUUCCUCUUUCAGAGUACAGCCUGUUAAAUUUGUUUUUGGUACACAGGACCACACAAAUGUACAAAAGUAGCCUACAUGGGUAAAAAUGUAAAAAAAAAAUAAAUAAAAAUACAAGAAAGGUGCACAAUAU